CACUUCUCUCAGCAGCAAAGCUCUGGGGAUUUGCGGAAAACAGAUCAAGCCGAGCGCCAGCAUUGAGAGAAGGCAGCCUGCCUGUUUAAGCAGAAACGGACGUCUGGAUGAGGCAGAAAUGGGGACUUCAUAGUGGGCCCCAGUGGCAAACGAAAAUGAUUUAGCUUAGGAAAUAUAUGACGUCUUCUCUGUAAAGCGUAAUUAUAUGAGUCGAUCGCUGUAAUCAAGAGAAAAUUAGAACUUAUCUUAAAGCCCUUGCCUAUAUCCAUUCACCGUGACGUUUGUAUCGGGCCUUGGCAUUGUAUUGUCAGUUUCACAACCUGGCUGCUGACGUUUGUUCGUAACACUACUUUGUGGCCCUAUUUCGGCUCAUCGAUAGUGAUUGCAGUGGGACAUUAUCCUGUCUGACCUUUAGUGCAGGGGUGGAGUGUGGAGCCCUGGAUGGACCCCUAAGAGUCAUCGUUGCGGUCCUGAGUGUUGCUUCCACCGGGGGGGGCGGCCGCAAUGAAGAGCGAGGUCCCGUCUGAUGCGCCAGGCGGACGUGAGCACCUGAAGGGGGCGCUGGCCAACCCCGAACCCCUGGAGGCGGCCAAGAGCUUCCCAGCGGACAUGGAGGUGCUCGGCAAGGUGGGGAGCGAGUUUGCCCCGCUCUGCGCAGCCGAGACCCGCCGCAGGCCCCUGCGAGAGGUGGGCCCCGGGGCCCCCAGGGGUCUGCCCGCACGCAGGAAGCGCAAAAGCCAGCAGGCAGGGCCCUCGGACUGCACGCUGAAGGAGGGCCGCGUCGAGGCUGGGCCCCUGGGGGUGGCUGGAGCGCUGGCCGGCCGGAGCGAGGACGAGCGGCACCUGGAAUCAUCGUUCAGCGACUGCGCCUCCUCUCCCUCCUCCAGCCUGCGAUUCGGGGACUCGGACACCCUUAGCUCUGAGGAAGAGAGGGGUGCAGGGGCGGAGGGGGCGGGGGCUCUGACUAAGGUCGCCGCUGUGGGGAUACGGCCCGUGAUAGGGCGGACUCGGGGGAAGUGGGCGCGGCCGGAGGCGGAGCCCGUGCUGUUGAAGCGGCCCUGCCUGGGGGCCCGGCGACCACCUCACAGGAAGCGCUUUGUGAAGGCGGGGGCGGGGGCCGGGGUAGGGGCCGGGGCAGGUGUGGCUCAGAGGACUCCUAAGCAGAAGGAGCGCAUGCAGCUCCAACGCAGGAACCGCGAGGUCAUCGCCCGCAGGAAGUACGCUCUGCUCCACAGCACCAGCAGCUCGAGCGAGGAGCUGAGCAGCGCCUCCUCCUCCGCCUCCUCCACCGAGGGAGAGGACGAGCUGUACGUGGACGUCAGCAGCGCCAGCAGCCAGCCCGGCAGCACCGCCAUGGCCACAGUUGCGUUGGACGAAGACGUAGUGGUGAUCGAGGCGACUCCCCCUCCGCCUGUGCCCGUUAGCGAGGAGAUCAACGUCACCUCCACCGACAGCGAGGUCGAGAUAGUCACCGUUGGAGACGGCUUCAGGCCGCGCUCGGUGGGGGGCCACGGCCGGAUGCACUGGGGCCCCAGCUGCUCCCAGAACCGCGCCCAGGAGCCGCGCGGACGGCACCGCCUCUCCACCGUCAUCCAGCCCCUGCGCCAGAGCGCCGGGGAGGUGGUGGACCUCACGGUGGACGAGGAGGAUCUCUCCGUAGUGCCAACUACCUCCGAAAGCUCCCGCCCCCAGCCAAUCAGCUCUGCCUCCCCCUCCUCUUCCCACAAUGCCUCUACCUCAGAGCCCCCCCGCGAGGGCCCCGGACCCCCCAGCGGCGCCCCCCUGCCCAACGGCCUGCUGGGAGUGCAAGCACACAGUGGCGCAGCAGGGGAUGAUUCAAGACGGGGCUCCUCUGGGUUUUCGGGGGAGGGCGGGGGUGCGGCCCUGCCCCGCCUGCCCUCCUGCUGCCCCCAGCACUCCCCCUGCGGGGGCGGUCCCUCCCCGGGGCACCUGCCUCUCGGCCACGCCCACUCCAGCUGCAUGCAGGCCCCGCCCCCCCAACAGGCCCUCCCCCCUCAGCACGGCCACGCCCACCACUUCCACCACCACCACCAUGCCCCCUCGGCCCCCGUCGCCCUGGCCUUCCCCGAUCCCAGCUGCCCCCCCGCCCCCGUCACCCUGGCCUUCCCUGAGCCCAGCUGCCCCCUGGAGCGCCCCCCCGCCAUGCCGGCUCCCUGUGGGGGGGUCGGCAGCUCCAGUGGCCCGUACCACGACCAGACUCUGCCAGUGGACCUGAGCAACAGUGCCAUUCGGGGAAGCGGGAAUGGCGGUGGUUUCCAUGGCACCUCGGCCUUUGACCCCUGCUGCCCGGGGUCGUCUUCGCGGCCCCCAGCGUACGGGACGCAGGCUCUGGGGCCGGGGCAGGCCGGCGGUGUGGAGGCGUAUGGCUCAGCCAUGGUGACGCAGCCCCAGAGCCAACACCAACCCCAGCCCCAACUCUCCUCCUGCAGGCACUACCUGCACCCCUCCUAUCCCCUGGCUCGAUCUCUUCACCACCAAACCCCGUCCUCCUGCCCCCACUCCCACAGCAACCCCCCGCCGCCCCCACCCCCUCCCCCUCCUCCCCCGCAGGCCGACUACGUCAUUCCCCACCCCGUCCACCCCUUCCACCCUCCCCCGGCUCCUGCCCCCCCCCUGCCCCCCCACCACCUGUCGGGGCAAACUGCCCCCCUGCCCCAGCACCUGCCCCCCGAGCACCAACACCAGUCCCUGCCCCACCACCUGCCCCCGCUGGCCCCAGCAGUGCAGCGGCUGCACCACCAACACGAGGUCCUGCAGAGGAUGGAGCAGCGGCGGAGAAUGAUGCAGCACCCCACACGGGCACACGAGAGGCCGCCACCCCACCCUCACAGGAUGCACCCCAACUACGGUCAUGGUCACCACAUCCACGUGCCACAGACCAUGUCCUCUCACCCCCGCCAGCCCGACCAGAGAACGACCUGGGAGCUGGGCAUCGAGGCUGGAGUGACCGUCGCUCCCUAUCCCGCGGCGCACUUGCACCCCCACCUGCCGCACUACCACCCCCCUCCUCGACUGCACCACUUCCCCAUCCCCUUCAUGCACACCGGUGUGUCCGAAGUGACCUACCCUCACAUUCGCUAUAUUUCAUCCAGAAUGACUGGAUUCGGACGAACAUACGAAGAUCUGCUCCAUCUGGAGGAACGGUUGGGGACUGUGAAUCGCGGUGCCUCUCAGGGAACCAUAGAGAGGUGCACUUACCCGCACAAGUACAAAAAGAGAAAGCUACACGGCAAGCAGGACGAAGACGAAGGUGCUGAGGAAGACACGGAGGAGAAGUGCACCAUAUGUCUGUCGAUACUCGAGGAAGGCGAAGAUGUCAGACGGCUUCCCUGUAUGCACCUAUUUCAUCAGCUCUGUGUGGACCAGUGGCUCCUCACCAAUAAGAAAUGCCCCAUCUGCAGAGUGGACAUCGAGGCCCAGCUGUCUGCAGAGAGUUGAUGCUGUUUUUUUUAGCGGCCCUUUCGUUUUGUUUCUUUUCGUUCCGUUUGUCUUUUCUCCCGUCAGUACUGCGGUCAACCAAAGAUGGCAUGAAUUCUCUGUGCUGAUUCAAAAAAAACAAAAACAAAAAAAAGUGUAUCAAACCUAGAGUGCCAGCUGUUGCACAGUACCAACACUGCUAGAAAUUACAUCUCUGUUUAAAAAUGAAAUUUUUAUUGUAUUUAUGAAGCUUUUUAUGUAGCUUUUUAUUUUCUUGAGUGUCUUUUUUUUCUUUUUCUUUUUUUUGCAUGGUUCUUUGUAAUGCAUUUCUUUGCACAUAUAAUGAAAACGGUCUUCUCCCGGCCAAACGACUUGCAGGCGAGAAUUGCUGCCCCUAGUAAAGAAGCGUUUCACAAUGCUGCGCUUUACUGGAAGAGAAAACCUAACCUUGCAGUACUAAAUUUAAAGUAAUCAUGAAUUUGAUUGGUUUAUGUAUAAACAAUGUGCUCCGCUAGAUUCAAGGAAGAUAUUUAUGUGGGGCCGGGGUGGGGAGGGCGCUAUAAAAUCAAGACAUUCCUUUAUUAAAGGGGAGGACGUAUAAAACACAGUGAAUCGCUGCUGUAUUAGUCUGCGUAGACCGUUGUGCAGUAUCCACUGAAGAGCCAGAAGAGUUUACUCCCAGGAAAAUGCACACACUCAUUCACAGAUCAUCUUCUGGCCCUUCAUUUCAACAGACCUUACGCACUUCAUCAAGUCUAUCGGAGAACGAAAAUGAAUAAUGAAUGUCACUUUUCUGUGUAUCGACUGUUCUUUUGUACGGGAGCGAAUUGCUGAGUUCCGGCGGAGGGAGACAUGGUAUAAGGUCUUCGUAUACACGUUAUUCUUACUUCACACCUUCCUGUGGGCUCCAUGUUGGGAACUGGUUUCUAUGGCGAUUGAACUCAGGCCAGCAGAUGCGAGUCAUGCCAAUCUGAAGAUGCACUUGUCUGAAGAUGAGUGCCACCUGAAAUACUUCAGUUUUCUUUUUCAUUUACGAUGUUGAUUCUGAAAUAACAGCUGUGUGACGGUGAAGCAGGCCAUUUAUUAUCAGUCUUUUUUCUCUUACGCGUCUUUGCAGAAAGCUUUCUUUUCAUUUGCUGUCAUGAAGAAUUUAACACUAAUAUUAUUCUCCAAUAGCUAAGUUGCAUAUACUUGCACAUGGAAAAGGUGAAAGGAAUAAGAUGGGUGGUCUGUGAAUAAUUAAAGUGUAUUGAGGCCAUCUGUUGUUCUGAAUUUCUGAAUUUUUGGAAAAACUGUAAUACUUUUGGAGUGUUGGAAUGCAGUACUUAUGGCAGGUGUCCAUGCAUUCAUAGACCUAUUGGCCCCAGAAUGCCUUUCUGAGGGAUUUAUAUUAGUUUUAAAAUAGUAAUAUUAAUAAAGUUAGGUAACUCUUA